AUGGCGUUCCGUUUCACGUCCUUGCUCGCGUUCGGUUGUUUGCUGCUGGCGGCCAGUGCUCCAGUUAAUGGAGCUGCCAUCGACAAUGCGGUCACCCCACGAAUUCACAGCUCCGAUGAACUCAUUUCGACGAUUGUGGAUAAGUGUUUCCAUGCCAAUGCCAUGCAUUGCCUGAAGGAGAAGGUGCUCACCUAUUUGGACACAGUCGCCAAUGUGGAGGAGGAUGUCAGUGGUCGCGCCUUUGAUGACGAUGUCAUCGAUAAAGUCAUUUUCGACCGUGUGGCACGCAUUCUGCGCACCAAUGAAGUGCGUGUUCAACUGCCCGAGACUUUCUUCUCAAGCUCUGUGGUGACCUACCGUUCGGAUCGUGGCUUCGACUUGGAGUUGCCUCAAGCUGAAGGCCGUGCCGAGAAGAAGAACAAGGACAAGCUCUUCCUACCUCUGCUGCUGCUCAUGAAACUCAAGCUGAAGGUUGUUAUGCCCAUCCUGCUGGCUCUGGUGUCACUUAAGGCUACCAAGGCUUUGAUUUUGUCAAAGAUCGCCAUCAAACUGGUCCUUGGCUUCCUCAUCUACAAUUUGAUUCAGAAACUCGGCGGCAUGAAGAUGACCAUGGCUCCCAUGCCACCACCAGUGCCAGCCACUGAAUACGGCGUACCCAGCACCACAGCCUCUUCGUACGAUCCCAGCAGCUGGGAACCCAUGAGCGGUGGUCCAUAUGCGCGUUGGGACUCACAGAACCUGGCCUAUAGCUCUUAUCAUCCAAGCAGCUCGUCCUCGUACUCGUCGGGCUCCUCAGGCUCCUCCAGCCAUAGCUCGUCAUCAUAA